GUAUCACUCAACCAAUCCAUUCGAGUUUGACAUAUCCGAAGAAUCGAUAAAUCACUGAAUUUGAGAAACGUUAGCCAGAAACAAUAAUCAUGAACAACAUAACCGCAAUCUGUUUCAGACCUUCAAUUCCUUCCCCAAUACUAUGUCCCAAAACCAGCUUCAGAAAAUUCCCACUAAUACUACCUCGUUCCAGUCUUCAAGAUUCUCAGCCACCCAACUCCACUCACCAACAACAACUCAACCUCUCCGUUCUUCGCUUCACCUUAGGGAUACCUGGGUUGGAUGAGUCCUACUUGCCCAGAUGGAUUGGUUAUGGCUUUGGCUCACUUCUGCUGUUGAAUCACUUUCUUGGCUCUGAUUCAGCCACUGUUACACCGGCUCAGCUUAGUACAGAGGUUUUGGGUCUGUCUUUGGCGUCCUUCUCAAUUGCGCUGCCUUACCUUGGUAAAUUUCUCAAGGGUGCUCAACCAGUGGAUGAAAAGACUAUACCGGAUGGUACAGAGCAAAUAUUUGUCAUGUCAACAGAUAUAGUGAAUGGUUUGAAGGAGGACCUGGCUUGGGCAUCAUAUGUUCUGUUGCGUAAUACAAAUGCCAUAGCUAUGCUAAUUUUUAUUCAAGGAGAAAUAUGCGCAAGGGGAUACUGGGACAUACCAGAUGAUACAUCAAAGGAAAUUCUUCCUGGUUGGUUUAAAAAUAAAAUUAAAAAUGCUGGCCUGUAUGAUUUGAAGGACACCCUAUAUUUUCCUCAGGAUGCAGAUUCUGAAUUUCAGGAUCUGGUACCAAUAGGGACUCGCUGUCUUCUGAUCCAACCAGUGUUACAAGUAUCUAAUGACAGUGCUACCGGCUUGCAAAAACCUGUGGGAUUCAUUCUGCUGUCCUCAACUACAAGGUAUGCAUUUAGCAAUAAAGACAGAGCCUGGAUUGCAGCCGUGGCAAACAAAUUUAGAGGAAGAGGCUAGCCAUCUGAUUAUCUAAGGCAAUGAAAGAGAGUAUCUGGAGUACAAACAAAAUGAAGCACGAAAUCUAUGUGAUACAGGGCAAUGGAAGGCAUAGGAUUUAACAGCUCAAAAUGAUGGUUCUCUUGGUUAACUUAAGGGCAGAAAUUAUGAAAUUGAAGACGUGUGGAAUCUGUGAGGGCGAGGUGGAUUUUCAAGCAUUAGGAAAUACAAGUUGGUUGGUCAGUGGCAGUUUUUGUGCUAUGAACAUUACCUACGAAUUUUGGAGAAGUGGGUGCAUUGAUUGAAUAAUAUUUGAAUCAAUGGAGGUAUCUCAAAUUUUAAAAACUAGCAUUCUUCUAUGAAACCAUAUCUAGCUUGGUGCAUCACCUUGUCAUAACCUGUAUCCUUUAAACGGGUUUACAAUAAUUCUGGGAUGUAUGCAAGUUGGUCUUCCCCUUGCACUUGUUGAUGAUUUGAGAGAUUCUAGUUAGCCAGGUUCUUACUUUGUCUCAGUUCCAUUUUACUCUAUACUCUUAUCACCAUAUUAACAAAUGAGUACUCAUGCAUGAGUUCUGAGUUCUAUUUGUAUAUACAAAAUAGUCAUUCAUGAAUUUUAUUGAUUCAUUGUUCAUAUGUGUAAUAUGAUUAAAUUGGGUCUACUAGAAA